AAAAACGUGAUAUAAAAGCUCAAACCUGGCAUAGUUUCUUCAGAUGGAAUGGAGUGGGAGAGUGGAUGCCUGAAUGCAUGGGAGAGAAAAAAUUUCUACGAGUUGUUAUUUGGGAUAAAGAACAUAAAUGCCAGGUAAUUUGUUGUGGUGACGAUGCACAGCCUCCGCCAUUCUUCGGAGAAAUGCCACAUAAUUGGUUAAAAGAGCAUGCUAAUUAUUAUGAAGAAGUUUUAACUGAUUAUUGUACAAAAUGUCCUAAGUUACAUGAACUUAAAAAAACUAUGCAUCGUAUAUUAUCAGCACAUCGCCUAUCUCGAAGAAUUGCAUCACAAAAAUGCCUUGAACUCCAUUGUAUUAAAUAUCCAGAUCUACCGGUUCCACUAAUAUAUAGGCCAAGAGAUGAAUGUAAACAAAACUGCCUCAUUUCAAUUCCUGGUUCAUCUGAGAAACAAGAACUA